AUGUCCAGCCCUCUAUUCACAACCCUCACAUCCCGACUACGAACGCUACCCUGCCAACGUUUCUCCCUUAACGCCAGGCGUGAUGUGAAGAGAUUCGUAGACAACGACGAUCUUCCGAGAACUGACGCCGCUGAUGCCCGAGGAAAGUGCGGCGAAACGAGAGCAGACGGUGCCGGUGCCCAUAGGAAGGGUGUCGAAUCUAUGAUUGGCCGCGAUGCCGACACCAGCCUUGACUCUGAUGAUGGUUCCGACGGUCCUGUUCCCAUUGAGGACGUGACAGAUAUGAUAGCAUCCCCGUGGGUUGGGUCAUUUGCUAUUUAUGCACGUCGCAAGUACUCACCCAUACGAUCUCGACGAUUCACCAAUAGUGAUGAUAGCAACAACAACGUCAAUAUCAACAGCAAUAAUAACAAUAACAAUAACAACAACAACAAUAAUAAUAAUAAUAUAAAUGUCUUCACCAUGACCACCGAGGAUACUUCGCCGACAGUCCCUCCUGCUCGCGACAGCCCGCAGUUCAUCACUGUAACCACUACGGACAUUUCACCGACAGUCGUUACUACCCGCGACAGCCCUCCUCCUCAACGCCCGGAUGUGACCAUUGCGAAGACUCUGCCAACGAUUCCAGCGACCACUCCUAUCCAGGAUAGCCCCCGACCCCCCACCGUGACCACUACAGAGAUUCCACCGGCAGUCCUUCCUCCUCAAUCCUCCACCGUGACUACCACGAGCACUUCGCCGAUUGCCCUUCCUACCAGCGAUAGCUCCCGACCAGCCACCGCGACCACCAUCAGUACUUCAGCGACAGUCAUUUUUGCUCCUGAAACCACCCAAUCCUUUAGCAGUCCAAUCAACUUCCUGACGCAAACUCCAACAGAAACUGAGAUCCCCAUGCCCACGCCCACGCCCACACCUUCUAAGCCAAGGAUUGAUAGGAGAACCAUCGUGGGGCUCAGCGUCGGAUUAGGCUUGCUCCUGGUAGCGGCGAUAGUGUUUGCUGGGUUUUGUGUCUUCAAGAAGGUCAAACCACGCAUAAUACGAGCAAUGAUCCAUCGCAGGCCCGAAAACAUCAUCGAAGCCUAUAGGGAGACUUCUAUGUCCUCCGGAGGGAUGUCACCACUGAUUAAGUCUGGAGGACUACUGUAUACACCACGAGUGGAGGGAAAGCAUGCAAUAUUCUUGUCAGAACGAUAUUCUGACCCAGAUGUCGAAGCCGGGAGAACAUCAACAGCGCAUCCCUCCAUGGAUAGUGCUGGUCAUCGAGGGCCGCCACUUGUGUCGAACUCUACGCGGACGUCUGUGCUCUCUGAUAGUAGCUAUGAUGAGGGCUCCAUGGCAUCUCUACCUUCCUACCAUUCACAAAGACGGUGA